AUGAGAUUUAUCUUUGCUUUAUUUUUAAUCAUUUUUGCAUUUGCAUCAGCACAUGCCGAUAGUUGUCCAUCAGACCCAUUCCUCCCAGUUGCACCAUCAGAUUUAGUUCAAGCUAAAGACUUAUCUGCUGAAGACCUUUUAUUCCACGAAAAGUAUAUGAAAAUUGCUUUAGAUCGUGUUAUUGAAGUUAAUGGUAAAUUUGGUGCAGCAAUCGUUCAUAAAAAUGGUACUUUGAUGUGUGUUUCUGUUAACCAAGGUUCAGUUUCUCGUAUUUACCAUGGUGAAAUCGCAGCAAUUAUUAACUGUACAAAUAUCUUUGCAUCAAAAGGUAUUGUCCAACCAACCUGGGAAGAUUAUUACAUUUACACUACUGGUGAACCAUGCCCAAUGUGUUCAGCUGCUAUCAUGUGGUCUAAAUUUGAUAAAGUUAUCUUUGGUUCUUAUGUUUCAAAUAUGUAUUGUGAACGUUGUUUCAACCAACUCCCAAUGGCUGCAAAUAAUAUUAUGAACCUUGGUUAUGGUAUUGGUCAUAAUACUCAAUUAAUU